AUGGAGUGGCCGUGGCAUAAAAGGAAAGCCUCAGAUGGCGAAUCUUUACUGCCCUUGGCCGCAAAGGUGCCAAGCAUCAACGGCUUGGCCAUGGAACCUAUCGAAACGGAACGAUCACAACAGAGACCCGGUCACGUUCGGACUACGUCUGCGCAGUCAAGAAGCGUGGCCGACGAGUUCUCCUUCAUGACAACCGCCGAGGCCGCCAGCCGACUUCAAACUUCCCUUACGCAUGGUCUCUCAGCUGCCGAAGCCCUAAACCGACUGCGGGAUUGGGGUCUGAACGAAAUUCCCCACGAGCCACCCGAACCGCUUUGGUUGCGUUUUGUCAAGCAGUUUCAAGAGCCCCUCAUUGUGCUCCUUUUGGUGUCCGCCGGAGCUUCCAUCUUCCUGGGCAACAUGGAUGACGCAGUCAGCAUUACAGUGGCAGUCACCAUCGUGGUGACAGUGGGAUUUGUACAGGAAUACAGGUCGGAAAAGUCAAUAGAAGCACUCAGUCACCUCGUCCCGAACCACGCUCACUUGGUUCGGUCAGCUACCAGCAAAGCACCGGCUCCGAUGGAUGGAGAUGAGUCGGUUGCAUCAACCACACCGGGAGAGGAGAUGCUGGAGGCAACAUCCUCAAAGGUCAUGGCCUCACAACUGGUGCCGGGAGAUCUGGUUUAUUUUACCACGGGUGAUCGUAUUCCAGCCGAUAUUCGUGUCACCAAGGCCGCGGACCUGACUAUCGAUGAAUCAAAUCUUACCGGCGAGAAUGAACCAGUACGAAUCACCACCGAACCAAGAGCCCGGAGUAUGCUGUCACCAGCAUACGGUGCGGACACCCUUCAGCUGCCGAGCCCCUCUGCGUUGUCGGAUAAUAGAGACAUUGGCGGAAACGGCGACAACAACAUUGCUUGGAUGGGUACGUUGGUGAGGUCUGGACAUGGCCAGGGGAUUGUCUUCGCAACGGGUGGAAACACGCAUUUCGGAACCAUUGCAACGAGCGUUUCUGGAACCGAGAGCCCUAGGUCACCUCUUCAACUGUCCAUGGAUGACCUUGGCUCACAGCUGAGCAAGGUGUCUUUCGUCAUUAUCGGACUAAUUUCUCUGGUUGGCUGGCUUCAAGGCAAGAAGUUGCUUGAGAUUUUUACCAUCUCCAUCUCCCUUGCUGUUGCAGCCAUUCCGGAAGGACUGCCUAUCAUUGUGACCGUCACUCUGGCUCUUGGUGUUCACAGAAUGGCUCGUCACAAUGCCAUCGUGCGUAAAAUGCCUAAAGUAGAGACCCUAGGUUCGGUGAAUGUUGUAUGCACCGACAAGACAGGAACUUUGACAAUGAACCAUAUGACUACUGCCAAGAUGUGGUAUUUCGGCGCCAACGAUGCGAUUGACGUAGACUCUGACGAUGAAGCUACGGAGACGAAGCCUGACCCUGCCACGUUGCGUAUCCUAAGGAUCGGCAAUAUUGCAAACAACGGUCGUCUUGCACAACAGUACACUGAGAACGGUGCAGCGGCGAGAGCUGUGCUCUCAUCAACUCAAGGGACUGAUUUUGCCUCCACUUUUACACGCUGGUGUGGACAGCCAACUGACGUGGCCAUGCUCGAUCUUCUCGACAGAUUCAAGGAACAUGAUGUUCGCGAAUCUAUUGGCCCCCGGCUGAGCGAGACUCCAUUCAGCUCUGAGCGCAAGUGGAUGGGAGUCACCAUUGGAACUGACUCUAAGGAAUUUGCAUACAUGAAAGGUGCUAUUGACAGGGUUCUCGACGCAUGUGACACUUAUCUCACUCGUGAUGGACGAGAAAUCGUGCUCGACUCGUCGCGUCGCGACGAAGCUCUUCAGGCAGCGGAGGCCAUGGCUGCAAAGGGUCUGCGUGUGCUCGCUUUUGCUAGUGGCGUUGUGUCAAGAUCUUCCAAGGGCAGAGCAACUUUAGCGCCGACUACUCGCAGCAGCACCCCCGGAAGCCCUCGCUUUCAACAUGAUGAGACAUACAAAGGGCUCACCUUCGCCGGGUUGGUUGGCAUGAGUGAUCCACCCAGACCAGGAGUUGGUCGCUCGAUUAGGAGGCUUCUGCGUGGAGGUGUCAAGGUCGUUAUGAUCACAGGAGACGCUGAAACCACCGCAGUGGCCAUCGGUAGGCAACUUGGCAUGCCGAUUGCGCAGCCGACUGAAUACGCCUCUAGCCAGGCGUCUGUACGCCCAGUUUUGCGUGGUGAGGACAUCGACGCCAUGUCUGAGAAGGAGUUGGCUCAAGCCAUUGAGCACACAACUAUUUUUGCCCGCACGAACCCCGAUCACAAGCUUAAGAUUAUUAGGGCUUUUCAGUCCAGAGGCGAUAUCGUCGCCAUGACUGGUGAUGGUGUAAACGACGCCCCGGCGUUGAAGCGGGCCGACAUUGGCAUCUCCAUGGGGUUGCACGGAACUGACGUAGCAAAGGAGGCUGCGGAUAUGAUCCUCACAGAUGAUGACUUCUCAACUAUCCUCCGAGCGAUUGAGGAGGGCAAGGGAAUUUUCAACAACAUCCAGAACUUCCUGACUUUCCAGCUCAGCACGAGUGCGGCUGGUCUGUCUUUGGUGUUUUUCUGCACGUUACUCGGCUUCAAGUCACCACUGAACGCGAUGCAGAUUCUCUGGAUCAAUAUCAUCAUGGAUGGACCACCCGCUCAGUCUCUUGGCGUUGAAGCUGUUGAUGCAGACGUCAUGAACCGUCCCCCUCGAAAGCGAAAUGAUGCUGUGCUUACGAAAGAUGUACUUCUCCGGGUCCUUACUUCAGCUUCUAUUAUCAUGGCGGGCACAAUGCUUGUAUACAGUCGUGAGAUGCUUGCGGAUGGGGAGGUGAACCGUCGUGAUACCACCAUGACAUUCACUUGCUUUGUAUUAUUUGAUAUGUUCAACGCUUUGGCUUGUCGAUCCGAAUCAAAGUCGGUCCUACGAGGCGAAGUGGGACUUUUCUCAAAUACGCUUUUCAACUGGGCAGUAUCGCUCAGUAUUGCGGGCCAAUUGCUCGUUAUAUACUUCCCUUGGCUACAGGAAGUCUUCCAAACCGAAGCAUUGGGGUUCUUUGACCUUCUUGGUCUUUUAAUGCUUUGCAGCACGGUGUUUUGGGCGGAUGAGUUUAGAAAAUACUGGAAGUACGCCAGAAGGAGGCUGGCCGGCGGCUACAGCCAAGCAGUCCUUGACCCAACCCCCACGGCCCGAAUUACACCCACCCUACCUCUGCUGGCAAGCUCAGGCAGCUAUGCACCUCUCAGCCAGCUUGCGCCAAUGUCAAACCUCAUGAAUGGCGUCUCCCCCCACCGCGCGGACAACGACAAUGCCGCCGACGGCGCACUCGUCUCCCCAACAGCUGCCCGACCCGGCAGCAGCUCCAACACCACCUCCAUCUACGCCGCCUCUAGCAUCGCCGAGGUACGCGCCGCCCUAGAUGCCCUCCAUACCCGCGAGUCCACUAUAACGAGCCGCCUUGAUGCCCUCCUUGGGUCUCAGGCCGACCUCGCCCGUGAGCUGGGCCGAUUGGACCUGCUGCGCGCGGGGCUCGGUGGCCAAGUCAUCGCCGCGCGGUCUGUUGGCAAUGAUAUGCUCGCAACGGCAGCCGAUACGGCAGGCCGAUUGAGUAACAAGGUGAAAGAGCUGGACUUAGAGAAGAGCCGCGUUGAAGACACGCUCGAGGUCGUCAAGCAGGUUGUCGAGCUCAAGGCCUGCGUACAGGGCGUCGUCGGCAGUAUGGGCGCUCCGCAGGACUGGGAAGCCGCCGCGGCUUACCUCGCACGUGCAGCGCAGGUACCCGAGGACAUCACCAAGGGCAAGUUUGCAUCGUCCAUUGUCCCAUCUGUCGAGGUACCUGACACGCCAUGGGUGACCCUGGAGAACGCCAAGGAGAGCUUGUGUGGGCUGUUCCUAAGGGAGUUCGAGAAGGCGACCAAGGAAGGAGAUGGCGCCAAGGUUACUAGGUUCUUUAAACUGUUUCCAUUGAUUGGGAGGGGUGAGGUCGGCCUUGACGUAUACGGGCGGUAUGUUUGCCAGGGUGUGGCCGGUACGGCGAGAUCGGUUCUGAAAGAAGGGCCGGGUGUGCAAGCACGGAAGGAGGGCUUCUUUUACGCCAAUGCCCUCACCAGGUUGUUCGACCACAUUGCGCGGAUCGUCGACGGACAUGGCGGUCUCGUUGAGCGGCACUACGGCUCUGGGAAGAUGGUUCGCGUCAUUGAACGGCUGCAACAGGAGGCAGAUGUGCAGGGUGGCAUCAUCCUUGAUUCGUGGAGCGACGAGCGAGAUGUUGAUAGACGUCUCAAGGACGUUAAAAGCUACCCCUUCUCAUUUCUGGUCCAGAGCUUCCUGCCUCCGCAAAGGAGUGGAACGCCGCGGGUCAAUUCGCCUGCAAUGGGUGCGGGUGCAAACCAGCGUCUCAGCGAGGAUGAGGGCGUAAAUAUGAAGGAGGUUGAUGGCAUUUUGAGUGAGAUUGCAGUUAUGCUAGGCCGGUGGUCUCUGUACUCUCGCUUCUUAGCAGGGAAGACACGGGACCCUUCAGCCCCUGAAGACGCCCCACUUGCGAUACCUGAAGUUGUCAUCAAGUCGAAUCUCAAGCGGAAGAUUUCUGACAAGCUUACAUCGCCAUACAAUACCAUGAUGACCUUCUUCUUCCGGAGAUCGGUCGAGAAGGCCUUCCAGCUUGAUGAGUUUCCAACAGGCUUGUCACUAAGCAUGAGCAGGCAGAUCGAUACCAACCAACCGUUCAUUAUUUCCGCCGUCGACGAUGUCAUGUACGUCGUCAGUGCUGUUAUUCAAAAAUCCACUUCUACGUCUCAAAGAGAUGUCAUUGCAUCUGUUAUUCCCACGAUUGGUCGAGUCCUUGGCUCCGACUUUGUUGGCAUGAUUCAACGUAAGAUGCGUGAUGAGUCCUACCCUAAGCCAAUCGUACAAGGGGGGUUCCCGCCAGAAGACAAGAUCAUCCAGUUCAUCAUCCUCAUCAACAGUCUCGAUACAGCGAACGAGUAUCUCGGCCGUAUUAUCAACAGCAACGUGGGGAGCGCAAAUGAUUCAAGAAAGACCAAUGGAGAUAUCCACGAAUCAUCUUUGAGAGACACCUUCCCCUUUGAUAAGGAUUUUACAUUCGUAACAUCCGCUCUGAACACCCUCCACAGCUCCUUCACAACAAAGACCACCGAGCUCAUGAACGAAGGCCUUCAAGUUCUAUUCAAGCAAGUAAUCCAGCCACGACUCCGUCCCGUACUUUCUGAUACUUUCCGCGAUGUGGACUACUCCCUCACAGAGGAGGAACUCGUAGAAUUUGCGGAACAAAACGAAGAGGAUGAAGAGGAACUUCUUGACCAAGUAUCACGCCGCUUUGAGCACGGCUGGGACCAGCUAAUGAAGCCCAUUGCUCGUCUGAUGACUACUCAUACCUUCACAAUCCUUCACGACCUCACAGCGCGGUACCUCGCUCGUGUACUCGAGCGUCGUGUUUGGGACGCCCGGGCCAACGCCUACGGUGUUAUACGUAUGGAACGCGACUUUUCCAGUAUCAUCAGCACAGUGUCCAAGGGCAACUACGGUGUCAGAGAACUUUUUGCACGGGUGUCACAGAUAUUGAUGGUGGCAAAUAUGGAAGAGGAAGAGUGGGAGGAGAUUUCGGCAGUAGCAGGGAGCCCGGAUGAGGAUGAAGAUGGUAUGAUUUGGGUGUUGACCGAGGAUGAGAGGCGGAGGGCUAGACAGCUUACGACAAGGGAACGUAGAGUAUGA